GAGGAGAGACGGAGCGCAGGCUUUCAGAGCUCUCGGCGGCUGUGGAUGUAGAAGAACGAAUGCGAGUGGCUUCAUUGUGUUUGUCGUUUGGGACAGAAACGCUUGUGUUCUCCUCCUCGUCCUCCUCCACAUACGAUCUGUCCAUCCUCAUCCUGCAUCUCCAAGCUCACAAGAAACACACGGGAGGAGACACCACGCUGCCAGCUUGUGCCUGGCUGUAGAUUGUAGUGAUGAGUCGGCGGGAGGCGUUAGUGGGGAACCUGGUGCCGAGUGCUGCUCCAGAGGUUCGGAUCAACAGCACCGAGUCGUCCUCUCCUGGAGCGGCCGCACCCAAAGAUGAGGCUUUCUCUAAACUCAAGGACAAGUUCAUGAACGAACUCAACAAAAUCCCACUGCCAUCAUGGGCCAUCGUGGCCAUCGCAUUUGUGGCCGUGGUACUUGUCGUGUCCUGCUGCUUCUGCAUCUGCAAAAAGUGGAUAUUCAAGAAGAAGAACAAGAAAAAGGGCAAGGACAAGGGCAAGAACGCCAUCAACAUGAAGGACGUGAUCGAGGGAACCAAGACGGAGGCUCUGAAGGACGAAGACGAAGUGGAGACCGGACUCUCGGAGGGUGAAAAGGAAGCCGAGCCUAAGGAGCAAGAAAAACUGGGCAAAUUGCAAUACUCACUGGAUUAUAACUUCACCGAGAACACGCUUAUGGUGGGGAUCAUCCAGGCGGCCGAGCUACCUGCCAUGGACAUGGGCGGGACCUCUGACCCCUACGUGAAGGUCUACCUGCUACCUGAUAAGAAGAAGAAGUUUGAGACCAAAGUGCACAGGAAGACUCUCAACCCCACCUUCAAUGAGCAGUUCACCUUCAAGGUUCCGUACACAGAGCUGGGAGGGAAGACGCUGGUGAUGACGGUGUACGAUUUCGACCGUUUCUCCAAACACGAUGCUAUCGGAGACGUUAAAGUGCCAAUGAACAAGGUGGACUUCAGUCAUGUGACCGAGGAGUGGCGGGAUCUCCAGAGUGCAGAAAAGGAGGAACAAGAGAAGCUAGGUGAUAUUUGCUUCUCUCUGCGCUACGUUCCCACCGCUGGAAAACUCACCGUCGUCGUCCUGGAGGCCAAGAACCUGAAGAAGAUGGAUGUUGGAGGUCUUUCAGACCCGUACGUGAAGAUCCAUCUGAUGCAGAACGGUAAACGUCUGAAAAAGAAAAAGACGACAAUCAAAAAGAACACCCUGAACCCCUACUACAAUGAGUCCUUCAGCUUCGAAGUGCCAUUCGAACAAAUCCAGAAAGUUCAAAUCGUUAUAACUGUUCUGGACUAUGACAAGAUCGGCAAAAACGAUGCCAUCGGUAAAGUUUUCGUAGGGCUGAACAGCACAGGCACCGAGCUUCGCCAUUGGUCGGAUAUGUUGGCCAACCCUCGGAGACCCAUCGCCCAGUGGCAUGUGCUCAAGCCAGAGGAAGAAGUGGAUGCCCAGCUGUCCACUAAGAAAUAAAGCUCGGCCCCCUUUAGCCAUUAACCCCGCCCCUUUUAGUGGUCCUACCCCAGUGCGUGUACAUACCUCAGUGAUGUAUGGAUCCUUUAAACCAUCUUAAAUCUCCUCCUUCUUGUCUGGCAAUGAAACGCCUCCUUUUAUAAUAGCUGUCGACGUUUGACCGCCCACUUGCCCCAACACACACACACACACACACACACACAACACACCCUUCGCGUUGUGUUUAGCAUUCCUUCCUGUCUUUGCCUGCUGUUUUGACCAUCAUCCAUGACCUUUAACCCCCUUAAACCCUUCUUUUAAGCAAUAUGAUCUGUGUAGAUAGCGCAUGAAUGAAAAAAACCGUGUACCACAGGUGUAUAUAUCCGUAUGCAGACAAAAAAUACGAUUUCUAGUUUGUGUUUGUAUGUUGUUACCUGUUUCCUAAUCUGUGUAUAUCUUGAUGUUUUUACUAAGAUAUUCUAUUUUAAAUGAUGUAAAUGCAGAGCCAAUAUUAUAGAGAAUAACAGCAGGAGUUAUCAUAUCUAUCUUAUUGCAUUCCAGUUAAAUAUAUAAACAUAUAUACAUCUAUAUAUUUCAGAUAUAAUGUAUAUUUGAAUAUUAAAUUUCAACCUGCAAGAUGCGAGUUAAGGGGUAUUUGGAAAAAAAAAAACCUCUUUGGCUUAAAGAACGAUUAGAAAUCACCCGGAGAAGGCAGAGAACCCCGUAUAGAGCGGAACACUGUAAUAUAAAUGUAGAACAUCUUCAGUAUAUUACACUUUAGUAUGGAAAUAUAGGCCAUUAACUGAUAUGGUUCAGUGGGUUAAAUAUGCAGGAAGUUCUACAAGCACAUGAGUUCUACUACUUGUUUUUUCUGCUCCUUGUUUUAGCAGCUCCUUAAUUUCCCCAAAUCCUCAAUCUGAACCUUAAUCCGAAUCUUUUGUCCUAAAGACCGAGCAUGAAGAAUUCUCUGAGCGUAGCCAUUUACUCCUCAGCGCUUUUCCUUACCUUCAUUCGUUAAGCUUCGUUAACAGACCAAUUGUGUUCGAUUUGUUAAGACUCUAGCUUUGAAAUUAAUAUUUUUGGUAACUGCAUGUUUUUUUUAAAUUCUACUUUAUUCUACACCGUCAGGCCUUUAGCCGUAAGGAAAAAAAACUAAAGUUCUGCGUUUUCUAAACGAUCUGAUGCUGAUUUCUUUUGAAAAGUCGGUACGAAAUAAUAUAAUACCGACUCUAAGAGACGAGCUUUUAAACACUGCCAUUAUUUUCAGGGAGGUGAGAAACGUACCUGACUUUCUCCUCAUGCACACUUAGCUCCACUUACUUGUAGCUUUUGGUUCUUUGGGAACAAGUAAAACCAUUUCUUUGGCCUUGAAGGUGCAAGAUCCAAGUUUUCCGUUGCCUCUUUACAGUGACGACAGCCUUAGCCAUGCUUUUACUGCCAAGCUCAAGCUCCUUUACUGAAUGGCUACUGAUUUGCACUGGAGUUCGGAACAACAGAAAGAAACAUUCUGAAUGAUUAUCUUUUUAUUAUUUUGUUUUGUAUGAAACUGGAGAAGGUUCUUAGUUCUAAAUAACUUGAAUUAGUAUUCAGUCAAAAAGCCACAACUUUUAAAUGAAUAGAAGUGUUUAGUGGAUAACAUAUAUCUAAAAUAAUAAUAAUAAUAAUAAUAAUAAGUAUGAAAGUUAAAGGUGUUCAGAGGUGACGUUUCAGUCGGUGAUGUCCUUCAGUAAGAAAACAUGAUUUCACAUAAAUUUCUAAAAUUUAAACCGGCCAACAAAAAGGUUAAUGAACCAUAUAACGAGUGAAUCUGAUUGACUCGGCUAUCAGGAGGUCGUGACAGGACGUGUAAAUUCUGUACAUAUACAAGUUCACCAUCAAGAAAUCUGUUAAAUCUUCCUCUGUGCGUUCGUCAUCCCCAGAAAAUAAAAAGAAAGCUCUUUCAUUAUUUUCAGGAUCGACAGGUUUAAUUAGAGACACGUUUCUUUCUCAGGCCUUUUUUCCUCAUUUAAAAAAAAACUAACCAUAAAAGUUAAUGGUCCGCACAUAUUAGUCCAUAAAGUCCUUUACUACGGGUUUAACGUAACAACACGGACUCACCGUCGCAAAUUUUGUAAGAAUUCGUAACAAAAUAACAAAUCAGUUUAACAGUAAAAGUGUGCUGCUACACUAGAAAUAUUGAACUCUGACAACGUGGACUUUUUACGAUGGUCAGUGAUUUAAUGCUUUACGUUAAACUCCGCCUCAACUUUAGAACAAAUUUGUUUUGUUGAGUUUCUAUACAUUUUGCAAAAUCCAAUUUUUUGUUUCAUACAAUUACGAUUGCUUCAGUACGAUUGCUGAUGAUCUACGAAAUUACGAUUUAUAAAUUUACACAAAUUACACAACCUCAAAUUAUAACAAAUCUUUACCACCUCUUCAUGAGCAACUCAGACGUGAGACUGAAAUGUUUCACAGGAUAUUUAUUUUCUUCUUUAAUUGAUUCAUACAAAUUUUUAUGCUAGUUUCUUUUUUCGAAGGUCAAAAAUGUCCCAAUGUCAGAGGGUUAAUUAUUAUAACGUAGCAUUUAAGAAAAGAGACGUGUGGUUAUUGAGGUUCCUGAGGAGAAAAAAAACAGCACACUAUAUACAACAGGACUGUUUAAAAAACUGAAGCUUCUGUUGGAUGAAACCUAAAUUGUUCGAAUUCUUACGAAUUUCAUUCCUGUGAGACGGCGUGUGAUGAGAGGAAAAGCAACAAGCAUCAGUUCAUUACAACCAUUAAAACCUCUUGUCAUGGAGGAACCUCUUACGUAUCCUAGACGCUAGCUUCAGAAGGAGUUUUUAAAUGUUUUCAAUGUUAUCGUGUAGGUGAUGAAAAAAAAGAUAGCAAACGAACGCUCGUUGUCAUUCCAUAGACGUGUCUGAGGACUGCAUUGUGUAUCACUGUGACUGCCGUGUGUGUGCGUGCCGUAGAGGUGUAGACUUUUAUCAAUAACUAUCUGUAGUGUAGUGUGUCGUGCCACCAUUUUUGUCCUCGCUACACACCGAGAGGCUCGUUAGUGGAGGCGUAGCGCGAGUGCUUUCGCAGCGAUCCGUCUCUCGAUCCCGUUUUGUUCUUGAGCACUGUGCAAUACUUCUACAUUCAUCCCCAUAGUGUUACGUGGGUGAUGUUGCCCAAGAAAGAAGAUUAGAAAAUAAAAAUGAAAUCAUUUGUAUAUGAUAUAAUCACCAUGUCAGUAGAUCGCAGCACAUGUAGAUUGUGUGUAUAUAUUCUAUCUGAGCUCAACAUCUAAUGUUAAGGCUUCCUCCCUUUUCUUUUUUAUCAUUUUUUCCAAACACACAGAUCCAGCCAUCAAAUUACCACAGAAUUACGCUUCUAUCAAAAAUAUUAGAGUAUAAAUAUAUAUAAAUAUAAAUAAAUAAAUAUAUAUUAUAUAUAUAAACCCCUGUCCCCACCAAAAAUCCAAAAUGUGUGUAUAUAUUUUUAUAUUUGCGUUCACAAACAGUGUAAAAGCUGAGAAAUGUAUCGUUAUCUGUUUUGGUAUCGAUCGCUAUGAUUCUUGAUUUGGUUCUCAAUGUCGUUUGAUGAUUAUUCUGGUUAUUGUUCCUUUUUAGUGCCCUUUUCUAUUUAAUAUCAAACUCAGAAUGUACAGUUCGGACUGUGUGUGUUUUAUUAUUUGGGACCAAGUAUAUAGUCGACACUUUCAGUUCAUUCCUGAUUUCUUUUUGAUUCAAUGUCGCAAUAAAUAUUGAUUCGAUCUCAUCGAGUUACGACACGGCUUAUUAAAGAUAUAUAAUCACCAUGUAAUUAUACGAUGUAACCUCAAUCCUUUAUAUUGUCAAUAUUUAAACGUUUAGGGGGAAAAGUAGGUUUAUGAAACCAGGGUUAUUUCUUUUUUCGUUCGUUUCUGAUGCAGCACGCUAAUUUCUACACGAUUAGAUGAAUUAGAUGCAGUAACAGUAAGAGGCGGCAUUGCGGAUUGCACUGUAAAGUAAAAAGUGAUAAAAAGCCAUUUUUAGCCCUGCAAAGCAAUGCUGACUUUUACUGAGGCCUACCAAAGCAUGCAACACACACACACACACACACACACACACACACACACACACACACACACCGUGGUCUCUUUAACAAACAUUUGUCUGAAUUCUGACAAGCCAGCUCACUGGGUCAAGUUGGAGCUGCAGGUCAUCGGCAUACAGUCACAUCAUUACUUCAGCACUCACUCACCUGAGAAGUGACGAUUACUACUGCGUAAAUCUCGCACAACAAACUGGUUCACAAAUACAAACUCACACAAAUAUUGCAUUCACAUCCAGUUCAUUCUGAUCUUUAGCUUCUUUACUGGAACUAAACUCCUUAAUGUUAUUAGAAGUCCCAGUUUGGUGAGGAAGAGCUGCAAAAGUCAAAAAAAGCUCUCAGAAAAGUCAAUAACUCAGAAGAACGCUUGACCAUCACAUAAAUACCAAGACAAAAUUUAGUGAGAAAAGACGAUCCUCAUCUCUCACCAUCUAAUGAGACGAUUGGUUGUACUGUGAUUUUCAAGAACUUGCAUUUACAAAAUAUUACUUUUUUUUGCACAAUUUAAAAAUUUCACUAAAUUGGUUUUCAGAAAGACUAAAUUACCAAAUCAUUAAAAUGUUCAAAAACAAUUCUUCAUCGAAACAAAACCCAAAAUGUCUGUAGACAUUUUCUUAGCAAAACAACCACAAAUUUGUGAGAAAUGUUAAAUUACUGUAAAAAAAAAACUACAAACUUUCGAGACACUUUACGAGCACAAAAUAUGUUCAUGAAAAACGUCCACGAUUUGUUUGAGCUAGUGUGCUAGAUAACGUGUGUGCCUGAAAAGCUAUGAAUCCCAGAACGGGGGGGGAGUUAAAUGAAAUCGGCUUGUCAGAAUUCUCACGAUUUGAUGCGAGAUCGUUUUGAUGAAACACAAACAUCGCUCCACUCGUUUGCCCGGUGAGAUAAAGCCACACUCUGGAGAGAACCUUGUAUAGAAAUUAGAAUCGGAUGCUGUAGAAAGAUCCCAGUUGCCUUUGUGUAUAUCGACUGCCUGCUUUUGUGUGUGGAAAUUUUCUCUGUAAUCUUGUAGAGUGUUUUUUCCUCUUCUCUUUUUAUUUCUUUCUCUCUCUCUUUCUCUUUCUCUCACUCUCUCUCUCUUUUCCCUGCCAUAAAUCUGGGUUCUACGGUUCUAUUGCGUGUGUAAACCUUCAUUUUUCGACGAGGUGUUUUACGAUUGCGUUCGACUUUGUGUAGUGAUUCACUCUGUGAAGUUUCUGACUGUUGUUAUAUAACUUCAUAUACACAAAAUGUUCAAUAAAAAUGUUUUAUUUCCUGUUGAU